CAUGUUUUAGCAGUUUUGAGCUUGAUGUGACCCAACCGACGAAAAAGAAUGAACGUGCAGAAGAAUUUCAAAAUGUCACGAAAGUUUAAAGAAGAAAUACACAAGCUUUUGUCAUUACAUUGUACAGUAAAUGCUGACAGUCAGAAGGUGACAGGAGUUGGGUUUGGUAGAAGUUAUGAUGGGGAACACAAGAGAAAGACAAAGUACACAGAGACGGACAGACAUGUUAAAAGUGCCAGUGAUGACAGCAAACAUGGGAACAGAAGCAAGUCUGUGAUGAUGUAGAAGACACUGGUUUCACAUCUUCUCAAGCAAAACAUUUUAAUUUUGAUGGUAUUAAGAAUGAAAGGAUGAUUUUGUUAAGCUAUCUGUGAAGACAUUUUAAAAGUCGGCUUUGAUUGGGACCUAACAAAAUAAAUACAAGAUAUUACAUUGAUCAAACGUUUUGUAUCAGUGGAUGAAAAUCAUUAAAAAAUAGAAAUGGUCGUGCAUGUAGAGUUGUAUUGAAUCUUGUGUUGACAAGACUUGACAGUUAAAUUUUGUUUAAGCCUCAUUGGAAUAUUGAUAAGUUUUUUUUUUUUUAAAGUGUUUUGUAUGUUCAUACAUUGUAUGCAUUAUUUAUCAGAUACUUAAAAAAAAUCAUGAGUGCAUGCCCAGCCAUAAUAAAUAAAAGUGAGGAAAGUGAUGGAUAUUUUUAGUUUUCUAUAAAGAUCAGUGUUAAAGGAUAUGAAUGAAGCCUCAACGAUCAUGGACAACUUUGGACGAUGGGGCAUUGACAGAGGACAGGGUCAAUCUAAAGGACAGUAUGGUCCUCAAACUGCCCACAAACAGUCAACUUCUGAACAGGCUUUAUGCCAAUUCAGGGGUACGUGUCAGAAUGCAAGUGGGUCGAAACCCAAGGCGUAAAAUUCCGACAGUACGAGAACUUAUAGAACAGUUACAACAUAAACACGAACAAAGAUUAGAAAAGGAGAUGACAGAGAUGAUACCACUAAAAGAUCGACAAAAGGAAUCUGUUACCAGAAUGAUUCGUCAUUUUAUUGAGGAAUCUAAAUCAGCGCCAAACUUAGGGAAAGGUUCUUCCAGCACGCCAACAGUUCCUUAUUCAACUACAGAUAUAUUAUAUGGCAACGAGGUUCGAAACUCUCCUCAGCUGGAUGAAAUUAGACAAAACAGUUUUAUUGAAUACAGCAAAGAUAAAGACCGUCAUAGUUCUAACAACCUAGUGGACUUUAAUAAUCGAAGACCAGCAAGCAAAGGUGGAUCUAGAAAAUCAUUAUCUAUAGAAAAAGUGAAUUUUAAUAAAGAAAGUGAUGACAAUUUGAGACCUAUACUGCCAAGUCCAGGGAAAAACGGCAAUCAGUACCGACCUAAUGGUUUACGGAACGGUUUACUCAAGGGAGACCCCCUGUAUGGUUCAAGGGGAGGUAAUUAUUCAUCAGGUAGAGAAUCCGAUGAUUUAAUAGCCAUGGGAACAAUCUGGAGUCCAAAUACAGGACCACAGAAAAACUCAGGAUCCAAUAGUGCCAAUGGAAUACAAAAUGUCACAGGCAAAAGUGUUUCCAUGGUGGCAUCUAACAGUUCAACCACAGUGGCACGCAAAAACGUUAAACCAAUCAUGGUUAAUUCUUCAUCACAUGGUCGCUCAAGUUUCAAAGAUGUUGAACCAAGAUAUACAGAUCCUGUCAUUGGUGCUCAACCUUCUUUUCAACAAAGACUCAUGGAGUUAAGUGCCCUUGAAUCUGAAACAAUUAGAUAUGAAAAAAGUAAAAAGGUGAAAAAGAAAGUUCGAGACAGAGACUCUUGAGGAAAACUUAUUGUUAGAUUAUUUCAAAUUAGUUCAUCUAUAUUAAAAGACAUGAUUUAAUAUUUAUCACGUUAACAAUCCCAGGGAUUUGUAACCAAAUAAAGACUGCUGAAUAAGCACAUCUGUGAUACAUGUGUAUGUGGUGUCUGUGGCAGUGUGAAGAAGGGGAGAUUACUCUUGAUAAUAGCAAGACAAGAAUGGAUGUUGUUGGAGUUAACAUUUGAAUGAGUUCUAUAUAUAGCACUCGAGAUUUGACAUUAGUCUUUCAUUAAUAAAUAUAAAGACAUGUAUGCAUUGUUCAGAUAUUUCACAGAAAAACUCAGUGUUUUUAUUUCAUGACUUGAGAUGCAUUUGCUAUAGUAACAUGAAAAUGACAUGAGUGAAACCUUAACUAGAUUUUCAAUUUUCUUUUAUCUAUUUGCUUUUAAGAAAAAUUAUAUUCAAAAAUAAUACAGUUAAUAAACUUUAAUUAUUUUUACACACAACUCUGUUUCACUUUAUUAGGGCCCUAAUAGGCUUAGCAGGCAUUCUUAUUAAGUAUUAAUAGAUCAAAAAGUUAAAAUUGUUAAUGCUGAUGAUAUACCGGCACUGUAACUGGCAUGUGUCAAAUUAAAUGACAAAAUCUUCAAAUUGGUAAUAAAAAAAGAUAAUCAGAUCCAGUUUAACAAAAAUAUGUUUUAAUAUUGUAUUUAUGUAAGAGAGAGUUUACAUCAUUUAGUACAAUGUAAUAAGGGAUAAAAAUCCAAGUCAACUGAUUUUUGAUUAAAUGGAUACAUUGGUUUCCCCAUGCUAGUACAAAUGGUAUGUAUGAAUGUUUAUAAGCUACAUAUUUUAUGGGUGCUGAAUUGUCACUGGUCAUACAAAAUCCAUUACUUUAUGAAGUAAUUAAUGCUUUUGUUGUCACCAUUUAUUAGGAUCUAAACAUACAUUCUAAAUGAAGAACAUUUAAUUACAUGAUGUUUUUAGUUAAUUUCUGUGACUUUUUUAGCAUGUAAAUUUUCAUUAAAAUGUUUAACCAGGUAAGUCAUGUUAGAGUUAUUCCCCUUUUUAUACUUUUAUAUGUUCCUAUCAGUGCGUAUUUCAAAAAUCUUGUCAUGCUAGUUUUGUUUUGGCAGUAGAAGAUAACAGAUAAUUAAAUUCUGGUUUCAUAUCAAUUGAUUCAUAUUUUAUUUUAAAUAUUCAGCAAAUAAUAAAAAGAAUAAGAAUUUAUUUAUUUUUGAUUUUUUUCUGAAUUUGGCUUUUCAAGAAUAUGAACCUUCAAGUUUGAAUUAUCAACUCUCCUAGGUUUCUGUGAUUAAUGGGAUAUGAAUAUAUUUAUUUAUAGAAACCAUUUUAUGACUAUGAACAGUAUUAGAUUGCCUUAAAAGUUAUACAUGUACAUUGUAUUGAGGUACUUAACUUCAUUUGUGAAAAUUCACUUACCCAUAGGAAAUAUAUUGCUAGUUUCUAAUUUAUUGUUUUGAAGUAUAAUUGUAAUUUAAAUUUUUUGCUUUUUUUUCCCAUAAAAAAAGUGCUUUGUAAGUUGAACAUUUUUUUUACCUGUUAAACCACAAUGAAAUUAAAUAUUUUUUUCUCCAAAACAUUAUUUACAUAAGUUGUAUGUUAAAGUUUCUUGUUACUUUUUUUCCGUCCAUAUUUUGAUUGUUUAUAUUAGCAUUAUUGUUCAAACACUGUUCAUAUAUGAACAUUUAUUAUUUAACUGAAUCUACAUGAUUCAAAUAAAGCUUUUACCAAAUGUU